AUGUUUCAAGACCUACCUGUCGAGGUGAUAGAACAGAUCAUUGGCUACCUGCCUACCGCUUCAUCGAUCGCCAACCUCUCGCUCGCAAACCACAAGAUCCAUGCUAUUGUUUCAGCAGACGACCAUGGUGUUUUCCGAACAUUUGUGCAAAGAGCCUUUCCAACCAUCAAUACACCACCAUAUUGGCAAGAUGUCGCGCGCACCUUGACGUCGCGGUCACGGGCAUGGGACCGCCGGGCAUUCAUCGCCAGAGAAUGCUGCCCACCAACUGACAAUAGCGACUACCCACCCCAACUGGCCCCUGGUUUUCCGGUAGGUUAUCGACCGGCCAUCGACAGCUAUGAGACAUGGCAGGGAGGGUCGUGGGCAGACCGAAAGGAAGUACUUGCAUGGGGGGCGGCGGGGAGACUGCAGCUUCGAACUAUCCACAACAGUGUAACGACUUGGAGCUCCUUCAAAGUCCCAGAAGAUCACAGACAAGAACUAGACAUUCUCGACGUCAGGAUCUUGCGACCCCAUCAGCACCAAAAUUCGGGGGGCGAGACAAUCAUCCUUCAAAGAGCCAACGGCGAGGUCGUCACCGUCGAGACCACCUCUCAGCCCGACGUCUUCACGCAAAAGGCUCGCUAUACGAAUCUCCCCGAUGAGUUUACCUGUUUAGAUGUCAGCCAGAGUGCUGAGCCAAUCCUUGCAGCCUGUGGAGACAGCAGCAUCAACCUCUAUGCGGUGCAUAGUCCAGACCGAGCUGUGCGGCCCUCGAGCUCCAGUAAGGUGCAAGCGAGGAAUAACCUUCGAUCACGCAUGCGAUGUGUCAAGUUUCUGUCCGAGAACACGAUUGCAAUUGCCAACCAGUUCCUCGAAGGUCGCGAGCGUGCACCGAUCAACAUCUAUGACAUUACCCCUAGUGGUCUCUCCUCGACACCAGUUGCUGCAUCAAUGUCUUUUAUUGAACCUGGCUAUCCGGGGCUGGGCCGCCAUAGCGCCAAUACCAUUGCGCGGCUAGAUGAUGUGGGAAGCCGCACUCAGCCCUUGUUCCUCUCUGGCUGGACUGAUGGUGUCGCUCGGCUCUAUGAUAUUCGAGUUCCUCGGAGAUCAGUGGCGGAGUACAUUGAUCCUGUGGACGACGGGCAGAUUAUUUCUCUUCUCCCCGUGGGACACGAACGCUUCUUCGCCGGCAGCCAUCAGAACGGCUGCCUGAAGUCCUUUGAUCUUCGCAUGCCGGGAGCCAGGGCCUACUCGUAUCUAGAUGCCCGACCACGACCACCCCAGACGAUCAAGCGCCCGACGCCGCAGAGGGAUAUCAACAUCUUUCUCACCCCCACAGUCAACAUUGGUGAACGACUAUGGGAACCACUCCCCCGCCAUCCUCGCAAACGCUCUCAGCGCUACCGUGGUAGCGUUUACUCUCUCUCAAGCCCUUCAUCAAGCUCGCCCACGAUCUUUGCUGGGAUAGAGAACCAUGUACUACAACUCGACUUUAUUUCCACCGAUGACUUUCGCAAUGCUCACAGAAUUUCUGGUAUUGGUGAUUCAAAAGCUAAUGUCCUGCAAGACGAGAAGAAUGAGAUCCUUCAAGAUCACAUAUUGAACUUUUCAUGCUAUGAGAGGCCUAGAGAAGGCAAAGAAAGUACGGAUCCCGUCCUCCUGAGGAAGCAAACGGACUUGAUGGACGAUUCAGUGAGCGGUGAUAUAGACAGCCACGGGCGAAGGGAAGGCGGAUGGGACGAACGGUGGCGGUUGAACACGUCCGGCAAAGAUCGCGGGUACGGGCAUCCAGAAUGGCGCUCUACUCGGCGACCCUCAUGGAGCCGGCGUAGCCGAUAG